AUGUCCGGUGAAGCGUGGCUCUACCUUCUGUCGGUGCUGAUCAACGCCGUCAACCUGUUCCUCCAGGUUUUCUUCACGAUCAUGUACAGCGAUCUCGAGUGUGACUACAUCAACCCUAUCGACCUAUGCAACCGUCUCAACGCCUACAUUAUCCCCGAAGCCGCUGUCCACGCUUUCCUGACCUUCCUUUUCAUCAUCAACGGCUACUGGCUGGCUAUCGUCCUGAACCUGCCACUCCUUGCCUUCAACGCUAAGAAGAUCUACGACAACCAGCACCUGUUGGAUGCGACCGAGAUCUUCCGCAAGCUGAACGUGCACAAGAAGGAAUCAUUCAUCAAGCUGGGCUUCCACCUCCUGAUGUUCUUCUUCUACCUCUACAGCAUGAUCGUUGCCCUGAUCCGCGAUGAGGGACACUGA